GGAGGCCUGGAAAUGGAACGCCGGCCCCUGAGGCUUUGGGCUGGGGCGGCCAGUCGGACCGGGCGGGAGAGAUUCCGAAGAGAACGCCAAGCAGCCUGGAGCUUGGAACUCCCGCUUCUCGGGGGCCAGGCUGCCCCCCUCUCCGCAGCCUGAGAUGUCCCCGCCGGCGGCGCUUUGGGGCUCGGCAGCGGAGAGGCUGCUCCUUAACCCCGCACCCCAGGAGGCGCGCUGGCCGGGAAUCCACCACCGCGCCGCCUCUGUCUCAGCGCGGAACAAACGGUUAAAGAUUUUGGGCAGCGCCUCGCGGGGGGGAGGAGCCAGGGGCUCGAUCCGCAAUUAAAGAUGAACUUUGGGUGAACUAAUUGUCUGACCAAGGUAACGUGGGCAGCAACCUGGGCUGCCUAUAAAGCGAGCGCGCGGCAGGACUUGAAGCGCUGGCGGCGGCAGGUGGCGCGGGAGGUCGCAGCGCGACAUGGGGCUCCCCGCGCUGUUGGCCAGCGCUCUCUGCACCUUCGUGCUGCCACUGCUGCUAUUUCUGGCCACGAUCAAGCUCUGGGACCUGUACUGCGUGAGCAGCCGCGACCGCAGCUGCCCCCUCCCCUUACCCCCCGGGACUAUGGGCUUCCCGUUCUUUGGGGAAACACUGCAGAUGGUGCUGCAGAGGAGGAAGUUUCUGCAGAUGAAACGGAGGAAAUACGGCUUCAUCUACAAGACACAUCUGUUCGGGCGGCCCACAGUGCGGGUGAUGGGUGCGGACAACGUGCGGCGCAUCUUGCUCGGAGAGCACCGGCUAGUGUCUGUGCACUGGCCGGCGUCCGUGCGCACCAUUUUGGGCGCCUGCUGCCUUUCCAACCUGCACGACUCCUCUCAUAAACAGCGCAAGAAGGUGAUCAUGCAGGCCUUCAGUCGUGAGGCGCUCCAGUCCUACGUGCCAGUAAUCGCCGAAGAGGUGAACAGUUGUCUGGAGCAAUGGCUCAACUGCGGUGAGCGCGGCCUUCUGGUCUACCCGGAGGUGAAGCGUCUGAUGUUCCGCAUUGCCAUGCGCAUCCUGCUGGGCUGCGAGCCCAGGCUGGAGGCGGGCGGAGAAGACGAGCAGCAGCUAGUGGAGGCCUUCGAGGAGAUGACCCGCAACCUCUUCUCACUGCCCAUCGACGUGCCCUUCAGCGGGCUGUACCGGGGCGUGAAGGCGCGGAACCUCAUUCACGCGCGCAUCGAGGAGAACAUUCGCGCCAAGAUCGGCCGGCUGCGUGCUGCCGAGGCGGACGGCGGCUGCAAAGAUGCGCUGCAGCUGUUGAUCGAGCACUCGUGGGAGCGGGGAGAGCGGCUGGACAUGCAGGCACUCAAGCAAUCAUCAACCGAACUCCUCUUCGGAGGCCACGAAACCACGGCCAGUGCGGCCACCUCUCUGAUUUCUUACCUGGGCCUUUACCCCCACGUGCUCCAGAAAGUUCGAGAGGAACUGAAGAGUACGGGUUUACUUUGCAAGAGCAACCAGGACAACAAACUGGACAUGGACAUUUUAGCAAAGCUGAAGUACAUUGGGUGUGUUAUUAAGGAGACCCUUCGACUGAACCCCCCUGUUCCAGGAGGGUUUCGGGUGGCUCUGAAGACUUUUGAACUCAAUGGAUACCAGAUUCCCAAGGGCUGGAAUGUUAUCUACAGUAUCUGUGACACUCAUGAUGUGGCCGAGGUCUUCACCAACAAGGAGGAGUUCAACCCAGACCGCUUCCUGCUGCCUCUACCCGAGCACGCAUCCAGGUUCGGCUUCAUUCCUUUCGGAGGUGGCCUUAGGAGCUGCGUAGGCAAAGAGUUUGCAAAAAUUCUUCUGAAAAUAUUUACUGUGGAGCUGGCCAGGCAUUGUGACUGGCAGCUGCUGAAUGGACCUCCUAUGAUGAAAACCAGUCCCACCGUGUACCCUGUGGACAAUCUCCCGGCCAGAUUCACUCAGUUCCAGGGAGGCCUCUGAGGGGCUGCCAGCCUCGAACCCUGGACUGAUUGCAGUUGUACAUGAGUUUUUUACAUAGUGUUGUGUGGACUCUAUUUAAUUUCUAAAUGUAUAUUGUAAUAUUUAUGUGUCUCCACCACAGUACCAUGGUCUUUAAAAUAUUCAAAUAAUACAUUUGUAUAAUUUCUAAAUAAUAAAGAGGAAUGUGAAG